UCAAGGACUCAGGAUGCAGUCAGCAGGCAGCGGGAAUGAAUGUAAAGAAGGGCCACAGAUAAGGUCCGUUUCAGUGCCACAAUUCUGUGUGGCCUUAGAGAGACAGAGCACUCAGAACUCAGCAUCCUUGCUUGACACUCCCUGGAAUACUGUGUGAGUCAGGACCUCUAGCCCAGACCCAGAUUUUACUGCCUUCUCCACACCAGCUUCCCAGCAAGGUCCCCAUGAAGGGACCUUUCCAACCCAGUGUUCCCUUUGACUAUUCAGAAAAGUUGACACAAAUAAACUCCACCAUGUGUCUCUUUUGUCCGGGAAGAGCUCAUGCUUGCUCAUCUAGGCGUGCCUCUGUGGAGUGCUGGAGGAGUUAAAAUAGAAGUACUCAGGCUGAUCCAAGGGCUUUUUGUGGACAGGGCAGGAAUGAUAACACCAAACACAAAGUCAGGCCGGCAGCAGCGCUCCAGCAGUGUGGAUUCUCUCCGCUACGAUCUUGUCCUCUUGGCUGAGAGAGGUGGCCAAGUCUCUGUCCUUAAGGGCCUUCAUGCUUCCCUGAGCAGCUGGGGCAAAGAAAGUAUUAUGAGGGAUGCUGAGGACUUCAAGUUUUGCACAAAGACACCACGCUGGAAUUAGAGAUUGUCAUUUCUGAGAGGAUGCUGGGAAUCUGCAGAGGGAGACGGAAAUUCCUGGCUGCUUCUUUGACUCUGCUCUGUAUCCCAGCCAUCACGUGGAUUUACUUGUUUGCUGGAAGCUUUGAAGAUGGGAAACCUGUGUCUCUGUCUCCCCUGGAGUCCCAAGCUCACAGCCCUCGGUACACUGCCUCCAGCCAACGGGAGCGAGAGAGCCUGGAGGUGCGCAUGCGAGAGGUGGAAGAGGAAAACCGUGCUCUACGCAGGCAACUCAGCCUGGCUCAGGGUCAGGGCCCUGCUCACCGUCGUGGGAACCACUCCAAGACCUACUCCAUGGAGGAGGGAACAGGGGACAGUGAGAACCUACGGGCUGGCAUUGUGGCAGGCAACAGCUCUGAGUGUGGGCAGCAGCCAGCUGUGGAAAAGUGUGAGACCAUACACGUGGCCAUCGUCUGUGCCGGAUACAAUGCCAGCAGGGAUGUUGUCACCCUGGUCAAGUCAGUCCUCUUUCAUAGGCGGAAUCCUCUACACUUCCACCUCAUUGCUGAUUCUAUUGCUGAGCAGAUCCUGGCUACACUCUUCCAGACCUGGAUGGUACCUGCAGUACGUGUGGACUUCUAUAAUGCUGAUGAGCUCAAGUCUGAGGUGUCCUGGAUCCCCAACAAACAUUACUCUGGGAUUUAUGGCCUGAUGAAGCUGGUUCUGACCAAGACUCUACCUGCCAACCUUGAGAGAGUCAUUGUCCUAGACACUGACAUUACCUUUGCAACUGACAUUGCGGAGCUGUGGGCCGUAUUCCAUAAGUUCAAAGGGCAACAGGUCCUGGGCUUGGUAGAGAACCAGAGUGACUGGUAUCUUGGAAAUCUCUGGAAAAAUCACCGUCCAUGGCCAGCCCUUGGAAGGGGCUACAACACAGGAGUCAUACUACUGCUUCUGGAUAAGCUGCGGAAAAUGAAAUGGGAGCAGAUGUGGAGGCUGACAGCAGAGAGGGAACUCAUGGGUAUGCUGUCUACCUCCUUGGCUGACCAGGAUAUUUUCAAUGCUGUCAUCAAACAAAACCCUUUUCUGGUGUAUCAGCUCCCCUGCUUCUGGAAUGUGCAGCUGUCAGACCACACCCGCUCUGAGCAGUGCUACAGAGAUGUGUCUGAUUUAAAGGUCAUCCACUGGAACUCCCCAAAGAAGCUCCGUGUGAAGAACAAACACGUGGAAUUCUUCCGCAACCUCUACCUGACCUUCUUGGAGUAUGAUGGCAACCUCCUCAGGCGGGAGUUGUUUGGCUGCCCCAGUGAGACUGAUGUCAACAGUGAAAAUCUCCAGAAGCAGCUGUCAGAGCUAGAUGAGGAUGACUUGUGUUACGAGUUCCGGCGAGAGCGCUUCACUGUACACCGAACCCACCUCUACUUCCUGCACUAUGAGUUCGAGCCUUCUCAUGACAACACGGAUGUUACCUUGGUUGCUCAGCUCUCCAUGGACAGACUACAGAUGCUGGAGGCCAUCUGUAAGCACUGGGAGGGACCCAUCAGCCUAGCCCUCUACCUGUCAGACGCUGAAGCCCAGCAGUUCCUCCGCUAUGCCCAGGGAUCCGAAGUGCUCAUGAGCCGCCAGAAUGUGGGCUACCACAUCGUGUACAAGGAGGGCCAGUUCUAUCCUGUCAACCUCCUACGCAACGUGGCUAUGAAGCACAUCAGCACACCCUACAUGUUCUUAUCUGACAUUGACUUCCUGCCUAUGUAUGGGCUCUAUGAGUACCUCAGGAAGUCUGUUAUCCAGCUUGACCUUGCCAACACCAAGAAAGCAAUGAUUGUCCCUGCAUUUGAGACACUGCGCUACCGACUCUCUUUCCCCAAGUCAAAAGCAGAGCUGCUGUCAAUGUUGGACAUGGGGACCCUAUUCACAUUCAGGUACCACGUAUGGACCAAAGGCCAUGCACCCACAAACUUUGCCAAGUGGCGGACUGCCACCACGCCUUACCAGGUUGAGUGGGAGGCUGAUUUUGAGCCAUAUGUUGUUGUGAGACAAGACUGUCCUGAGUACGAUCGGAGAUUUGUGGGCUUUGGCUGGAAUAAAGUGGCUCACAUCAUGGAAUUGGAUGCACAGGAGUAUGAAUUCACCGUGUUGCCCAAUGCCUACAUGAUCCACAUGCCCCAUGCCCCCAGUUUUGACAUCACUAAGUUCCGUUCCAACAAGCAAUAUCGCAUCUGUCUCAAAACCCUGAAGGAAGAGUUUCAACAGGACAUGUCCCGGCGCUAUGGCUUUGCUGCCUUGAAGUAUCUCACGGCUGAGAACAAUAGCUAGCACUACAAAGGCCAUCACUAGGGAUAGGUAAACUACAAGGAAAGAGCCACUUGCUUCCAUGGAGCCCAACCUUUGAAGGCAAACUCCAUCAUUGCUUGUCUUUGGUUUGUUUCCCCUUGUCACCUUGGUCCCACAAAGCUGCUCUCUUCUGAGAUCUUGGACAGGGAUCAAGUGCACCAUGAGGUUCUUCCAGAAUGGGACACAGAAGGGUGGAAGCAAAUGAAGAGUUAACAACUUACAAUAAAGGCACAAACCAAGUUAGAAUUUCUGGAUGUUCCCAUUGAAUUUUUUUAAAGCAAUUAUGGGUCAAAUCUUAGCGAUGGAGAAAGAAGUUACCAUGCUCUGGGUUAGUCAUUCUAGGAAAUAAGAGCAAGAUAUUUCUUUCUAGUAAGGGAACUUUAUCCUGCCACCCAGGUGGGCACCCAAAGUGGAGGGCAAAACAAGGAACCAAACAACCAUUUGGAGACACAGGGACCUGGAGAUGAAGUGAAUUGGUUCUUUAUUCUCAAAAUCACUCUUGUUUUGUUUUACGUUGUUUGAAUUUGGGAUAGUUUGUUUAUUUUUUAUCUAGGAAUCCAAGUUAAAACAACAUCUAAUCCUUAAAACUCCAAAAGAAAAAUCAGCUCCCUCAACCAACUCCCCUCAAUCAGCAGUGACCUGGCAAAAACAAGCAUCCUCUCAACCAACACCUCUCAAUCAGCAGUGGCCUGGAAAAGACAAGCAUCCUCAGAGAAUAUUUACAUGUGAGCACAUGUUCAGGAUGAACACUGAGACUACCUGAUUCUGAUGUACCACUUUCCAGAUCCAGGGAUAUGACAGGGACUACAGAAAUAUGAGGCCAAACAGUAUAUGCAUGUCACAUUUUCUAUGGACAGUGACCAAGUCACAAGGAAAGGGCUUCAAAGAACUACUUCAGGACUCACAGAAGGUAUGAAUCCCUGCUCCGGCCUUUAGAACAACUUGAAUAGUUCACAGAAGUCCAAUCUGAACACUUGACCACAUGGAAACCACUGGAAGAAAUGGAUCAGGUGUCUUCAUGUUCUUCCCUUUCUCACUGUUGGAAGUGGGGAAGCUGGUGAGCUUAGUUUCCCCUUAGGACCUGUGCUAGGGUUGCCAAACACCUCUUCAUUGUUCAGAUGGAAGAAACACUGGACUUUUUGCCCAUUUUCUUUACUCUUCACUAUUAAUGUUGUAUUUACAUUGAUGAGAACAAGAGUUGAUGGCCUACACUCUGCUGGGCUGUUUGUAUUGAGUUGCUAUGUGACCAGCAAAAGCUGAAUUCAAUAAAUGAAAGUACAGACUUUCUUCCUCAUCUCCCUCCUACCCUUGUAAGAAGCCACAUGACACAGUUGGUCCAGAGGGCAAAGUCAGAUUCAUACACAGCACCUCACACUCUCUGUUCUUCCAUCUCAUCUUUCUCUUUGUUUGAAAAGUCACCAUUUUUCCCUCAAUGUUCAAAGUUAGAUCUUACUUUAUCCUUAACCCUCAACCCAUUUUCAAAUCUUUCAUUUUGCAUCUGUCUUACCACUGUAGCCAAAUAUCUUAUAUUUUAGGUAUGCAAAUUGUGGAAAUCAGUAUCAUUCAAUUGAAUAGUCUGUCCUUAAGGGCUUUCUUAUCCUGUGGAUCCACACAAUAGUCCAAUCAAUGAGACAUGUGAUGUGAUCAGUGGUGAUUUCCCUAGAUUAAUACAAAAUGAAGAAAACUGUAAUCAGAAUUAAUUGUCACAGAGAUACAUAUAAUUUUUUGUCUUCAUUAGUUACUUCCAUCAUUGCUACAACAAAACAUCUUACAAAGGGGUUUAUUUUUGUUCAGAAUUUGAGAAUCCAGGCGAUCAUGACAGGAAAGGCAGGGUAGCAGGAACUUGAAGCCACUGAACACAUCGUACCUGUAGUCAGGAAUCAGAAAGAGAUAAGAUUAAACACUCAUCUUGAUUUCUCUUUUUUCCUCAGUCAUGGACCCCAUCAAGUGGGGUGAUGCCCAUUCUUAGGGUGAAAGUUCUCACUUCAGUUAACCUAAUCUAGGUAAUCUCUUCGACUUGUUUAGAGGUUUGUUUCAUAAGCGAUUAUCCUCCUAGUUAAUUCUAGAUCCUGUCAGGUUGACAAUGUUUACUAUUACAUUAUGUGUAAUAUAUAUCACAUUAUGUAUAAUAUAUAAUACAUAGAUAAAGCAAGGAUCUGAAUGUAUUGCAUCUAUGCAGGAUUUAUCAUUAUCA